AUGGAUGCUGCCCUCGGCGAGAAAAAUGUAUGCGAUUUUCGCGUAACUCAAAUUCAUGCUUUGUGUAUGUGUAUGAUAGAUUUGCCUGAUCGUCAUAUUCUCACAAUACUAGGGCGUGUAUUCAAAAAAGAUGACCUUGACGGAAUAGGGAAUAGUCCACUUUACUACAUCGCAGCAGCUGGGCGAAAGGAAGUCCUUCAAUACAUUAUUGUAUCAGGUAUUAACACUUGA